CCCUGGCUUACAUUCAGGGCGGGAUGUAAAUGUAUGGUGUUUUUUACUCACUUUUUGUCUCUCCCACAGAGUCCAUCAAAAUUACAUACAUAUUGCCAAUUGUGUAAAUUAGGUGAUGGCGUCAUUUAGCGACUUUUAGGACAGCCAAUAGCUACUUUCCUUACUGAGGAGUUGGCAACAUGGAAGAGGAGGGGGUGGAAAAAGUAAACUACAGUAUUGCGGCCAAAAACAUUACUACAAUUGGAGCGUAAUUGUUGUCGUCGUCCCGUACCCCAUCCCCCCCUCCCCUUAGGUGAGAAGGGACAAUGUUUUACGCCCACUUUGUCCUCAGCAAGCGUGGGCCGCUGGCCAAGAUCUGGCUAGCGGCCCACUGGGAUAAGAAGCUCACCAAGGCUCAUGUGUUUGAAUGCAACCUGGAGAGCAGUGUGGAGAGCAUCAUCUGCCCCAAGGUGAAAAUGGCCCUGCGUACGUCAGGUCAUCUACUCCUGGGGGUGGUGAGGAUCUACAACAGGAAAGCCAAGUACUUGUUGGCUGACUGUAACGAGGCGUUCAUCAAGAUCAAGAUGGCCUUCAGACCAGGUGUGGUGGAUCUGCCAGAGGAGAACAGAGAAGCUGCCUACAACGCCAUCACCAUGCCAGAAGAGUUCCACGACUUCGACCAGCCACUACCAGACCUAGACGACAUCGACGUAACCAAGCAGUUCACACUGAACCAGAGUCGAGUGGAAGAGAUCACCAUGAGGGAGGAGGUGGGCAACCUGAGCCUGCUGCAGGAGAAUGACUUUGCUGACUUUGGGAUGGACGACCGGGAGAUGAUGCGGGAAGAGAGUGCCUUCGAGGUGGACAUCAUCCACGAUGCAUCAGCCUCCAACCUGCUCCUAGACCCAGAGACCUCGGAGGCCCAGAUCCCAGACAAGUCCAACCACCUGGAGUACGACGACCAGUACAAAGACGACUUCGGAGAGGACCCCAUGGCUGACAGCGAAGGAGGCAUGCUGGUUGACAAGCUCCUCAGUAACGAGGAUGGGGGUGGCAUUUUUGAUGACCCUCCCGCCAUCACCGAGAGCGUGCUGAGGCUGCAGGAACAGGAUGACGAAGAUGAAUUUGAUGCCCUCUCACCGGGAGGUCCAGACAGCCCAGACUCAGGCCCAGCAGAGCCCCAGCCCGCCAUGCAGGACCAGACAGAGCAGACCACGCUGGUACACAACGAGGAGGAGGCCUUCGCCCUGGAGCCCAUCGACAUCACAGUGAAGGAAACCAAAGCCAAGAGGAAGAGGAAGCUGAUUGUGGACAACCUGAAGGAGUUGGAUAGCAAGACCAUCCGUGCCCAGCUCAGCGACUACUCUGACAUCGUCACCACGCUGGACCUUGCGCCGCCCACCAAGAAGCUGAUGAUGUGGAAAGAGACUGGAGGUGUGGAGAAGCUCUUCACCCUGCCAGCACAGCCUCUCUGGAACAGCAGGCUUCUCAAGACGUUCACCCGCACCCUGACCCCCCUGGUGCCAGACGAGAUGAGGAAGAGGAGGAAGGGAGGUGAGGCAGACAGCCUGAAUGAGUUCCUGAAGGACCUGGAAAACCCUGAGGUGCCCAGAGAGGAGGCUAUGCAGAGGGACAUCAUUGACCAGACCAUCCUGGAGGAGCCCAGUGUGCUGCAGGCAUUGGCCAUGGAGGGAAGCAGGACCACCCUGGACGAGUCAGUCAUGCCCCCACCCUCCUCCAUACAUGGCCAGCAACGCAAGGCCCAGGACACAGAGCCAGCCUUGCCCAUGGGUACUCUGGAACAGGCAGCCAACCAUUCAGGUGUGUCCCAGCAAUUGGACAUGACGGUGGAGCUGCCCCCUGAGGACAGCACCAACCUCAACCAGUUCCCCGAGCUGGACCUGAUAGGGGAGAAGACGGACAAGAAGGAUGGAGAGGACGACUCAGAUGAGGAGGAUGAGGAAGGUCAGGCCGGGGACCAGGACCGAGAGGAGAGGAGAUGGAACAAGAGAACUCAGCAGAUGCUCCACGGCCUGCAGAGGGUGAUGGCCAAUAUGGGGGCCCAGCAAAUUAGCCUGCUGGAUCUGUGCAGAAACAACAACAACAAGAAGCAGGCUGCAGCCAAGUUCUACAGCUUCCUGGUUCUGAAGAAACAGCAGGCGGUGGAGCUCAACCAGACUGAGCCCUACAGCGACAUCAUCGCCACCCCUGGAGCCCGCUUCCACCUCAUCUAGAGACAUGACACUGGCUGCUUUUACUCUAAAACUGUUGUUUUUUGUUUGUUUGUAUAGGAAGUUAUUUAGUUCUGACCCUGUGCUUUUUUUUUUUUACCUACACUGGACAAAAAUGUAAACGCAACAGGCAACAUUUUCAAAUCUAUGGA